AUGAACGCCAUUCUGCUUGUUUUAACCCUCCUUGUUGCCGAUACGUUGUCGUUCAACAAAACGUGGACUUCCGGCGCAAUCGGAAACGAAGCGGUUUCGGACUCUAAGGGAGUAAGAAAGAGUGUUGGCGUGAGAAAUUAUAAAUUUGCCCCUUUCUUCUGCCUUGCUAUUGCUGGAAUGUGGCUCGCCACUGGGAUAGGAUUUGGUCUAUAUGGUACUUUGUCUGGUAAAGGGGCUAACUAA